ACAGCUCACACUGUAGGCAGAAGCUCUGCAACCACACGCUCAGUCACAGGGCCACAGCUGUACUGAAAACACACGACUUAAGCGAAACUACGAAGAGGCAGAUGAGACACACAGGAAGCACAUAAGCAGCUAAAAAUGGACUAAGUAAUGGAGACGCGCCUUAGAAAUAUUAUACUCAAGUGACAGAAAAGCCUGGGUAAGAAAAGUAGCCUUUCAGAAGGAUUCACAAACUGGAACAGGAAGACUUCCCUCUGAUCACUGGAGUAAGGGGUGAAGAUGGAGAAGUCGGAGAUGUUUGGCUUCUCUCUGGAGGCAGACGACAGGACAGAGGAGGAGAAAUCACGUAAGAAAGCGUCAAAGAAUGACAGACUCAUGCCCAAGGCACCGAUGGACACUGAUUAUCAGGAGGAAGUACGCGACCCCAUGCCUCAAAUCAGAUUCAAUCUCAACUUUGACAAAGGGAUUCGAGGUGAGGAGCAGCACAGCAGGAAGAGAGACAGCAAGACAUUUAACAUCGAUAGGUUAUUUGAAGCAGUGGCCAGCAGGGACGUCGAAAAGCUGAGCGAGCUGCAUCAGUACCUGCACCAGAACAUGAAGAAACUCUCCGACUCUUUGUAUCAGUCCUAUGGUAAAACUGCCCUGAUGAAGGCUCUGCUGCACCUCAAAGAUGGCAAGAACGACACAGUGGAACUAUUAAUUGACAUUUCAGAGAAGAUGGGCGACAUUAAAGAGUUUGUCAAUUCAGCCUACACCAACAGCUACUACAAAGGCCAGACAGCUCUCCAUAUAGCCAUUGAGAGGAGGAGUAUUUUCUAUGUGAAGCUGCUGGUCAGUAAAGGAGCAAAUGUCCAUGCCAAAGCCUGUGGAAAAUUCUUCCAGCCACACGACGGCCCCAACUUCUACUUUGGUGAGCUGCCGCUGUCUCUGGCAGCCUGCACUAACCAGCCCAACGUGGUGGACUUUCUCAUGGAUAACGAGUACCAACGAGCGAACCCCAAGGAGACGGAUUCUCAGGGCAACACGGUGCUGCACGCCCUGGUAGUGGUGGCAGCUGACGACUCCAAGGAUAACACAGAGUUCAUCACUAAAAUGUACGACCGCAUCCUCAAGACCACUGCCAAACUGCACCCCAAGAUGAAGCUGGAGAACAUUGAGAACAAUAUGGGGCUGACACCUCUCAAAAUGGCUGCCAAGACUGGCAAGAUCGGGCUUUUUUCACACAUCCUGAAAAGGGAAUUCCAAGAAAAUCACACCAAACAUUUGUCCCGGAAAUUCACAGAGUGGGUUUACGGGCCCGUCCACUGCUCCCUGUAUGACCUGUCCUACGUGGACUCGUACGAGGACAACUCAGUCUUGGAGAUACUGGUCUACGGCAGUGACAUUCCUAACCGUCACGAGAUGCUUGAGACGGAGCCUCUGAGCCAGCUGCUGGAGGAGAAGUGGAAGAGGUUUGCAGGUCGAAUGUUUUUAUUUAACUUCCUGGUCUACUUUGCGUACCUGGUCAUCUUCACUGUUGUCGCCUACAAUAAGCAGGGUGGACAGCCGCCAUUUCCCCUUGAACACACCACAAUGGGUUACCUGUAUGUUUCUGGCCAGCUACUGACAGCGCUGGCAAACUGCUAUUUCUUUGUCAUAGGGAUCAUAGACAUGAAGAGGAAAUGCCCGAAGCUGCAGACGUUGCUGAUUGAUGGAUAUUAUGAGAUUCUUUUUUUUGUGCAGGGCGUCCUCUUCCUGGUCUCAGCCGGGCUGUAUCUGUGUGGGCGGCAGGAGUAUCUCGGCUUCCUGGUACUUUGUCUUGCUCUCAGCUGGGUGAACCUGCUCUACUACUCCAGGGGCGACAUACACAUGGGCAUCUACAGCAUCAUGAUACAGAAGAUGAUCCUCAGCGAUAUCCUGCGUUUUCUUUUUGUCUAUGUCGUUUUCCUCUUUGGAUUUUCAGCAGCGGUGGUCACCCUGCUCAUAGAGCCUCCCGUAAAAAACACCACUGGAAUUCAGAAGACGCGUCUCUAUGGUCCCCUUAACCCUGAUGAGGAGUGUUUAAAACCCAGCUUCAGUAACAUCUCCUACACCACGCUGCAGCUCUUCAAGUUCACCAUCGGCAUGGGCGACAUGGAGUUCACCCAGGACUACCAGUACAAGGAGAUAUUCUACAUGCUCCUCAUCGGCUACAUCAUUCUCACCUACAUCCUGCUUCUCAACAUGCUCAUCGCCCUCAUGAAUCACACUGUGGAGAAGACCAACAUGGAGAGCGCCUGCAUCUGGAAGCUACAGAGGGCUAUCACUAUCCUGGACAUGGAGAAAAGACUGUCUUGCUGUUUGAGGAAGAAGCUUCGCUGUGGGGUGGAGAUAAAACUCUGCACUGCUCUUGGAGCUGACCGCCGCCGGUGUUUCAGAGUGGAGGAAGUCAACUGGAACAAAUGGAACACCAACCUCGGCAAAAUCAAUGAGGAUCCUGGCUGCUGGGAUCAUGUCCAACAGCCUGCUUCAGACACCCUGCUGAACACACCCAACAGAGGGAGGAGCUGGAGAAACUUAAUAGAGGGCAGUCAGCGGCAGAGGUGGCAAUCACACGUGUCCACAGAGAUCAGCACCACACCGGUGUAAAAGAUAACAGAGCGCUUAACCCCGGCUGCUCAGCCUGACUGGCCCAAGCAACAAGGCAUUCACACCAAAAGUUUCCCCAAGAAACUGAACUGCUAAAUGUGUGACGUCCUUUUGAGUAACUGAUAGUAGUCUAUGAUAGUAAUAGUCUUUGAGGCAAUGUGUUUUUCUGACAUAAUGGUGCAAAAAAAGUGCAUUUAUCAAAGCUGAAGGCUGCUUAAUUGCCAAUGCAUUUGAAAUACAUUAAACAUAUAAUGCAAAGGUUUCUGCCCCCACCUGAACAGGAUGCACAUCCUCUCUCCACGAAGGCCAUAACCUGCCGGCACCUCUGGCAUCGCUCAAAAUCCUUCAUGGAGUAAUACUGAUCACUAAGGUGCUGAUCCUGCCCCCCACCGCCCCGCUGUGCGCCCUUUAUACAAGUCCCAUUUUCAUCACAGCCAGACAAGCUAAAUCUUCUGCAGCCAGAUAGUCCUGCGGAUUUCACAGCUUGCCUUUGUCUACUCUACUUCCUGUUUCUCUUUGGCAGUGGGAGGCUCAGAUAAAUGGCAUGAAAGCACACCAAUUGGUGCAACAAAGACCACCUACAGCACUAGCUGUCGCAGUUACAAAUUAAACGUGGUUUAAAUGCGCUUUUUGAACCCUUCAGCCACUCGUGAGGCUGAUAAUGUAAGAAACAAAUGUGUGAAUAGUGACCUACCUCAACUGUCAGACAGGAUGACAAUAGUUACUAUAUCUCUCCUAGACUGAGCUCACGCAGAAUGAAUGGGACAGGAGAAAACGGUCACCUGUUUUCAGUGUCAGUUUAAAUGAAUGUUGCAGAUAAUCCAAACAACGGUGCCGACUCAUUUCAAAGCAUAAAUUAGAACUUUAUUUUAUUAUUACAAUAUUACAAAAAGAGUAGCACAACUCUCACACUCUUGCCUCUUAUCUGUCGUACAGAAUGACACAAAAGAAAGGCUUAUGGACCUUCUUCCAUUUCACAGCAAUAGUACAAGAAACAAAGAAGAAAAUAAAAUUUAAAUAACAAGCAAAUCAAGUAUUAUAAAUAGUCACAACUGCAAACAAACUUUGAAACUUGGGGAAAAAAAUGUUACAGCUCAGUAACUACACAUUGCUAAAAUAUAUAAUUACAAAAUAUUACUCCUUUUCUUGCUUUCCAUAAUAAAGAAUCUCUAAGGAAAUGCUCUGUCUAUUCAACAAAACUUUAUUAAAAUAAAAAGAC